CAACUUUAGGCUUAAUUUUGAUGAUAAAACGUUGAAGCCGGGUAGACCCACUUCUGUGUCGGACUCUCCUUCGCUCUGCUGUGCAGUUGGAGCUUCAAUAAGUGAAGUAAUUAGGUGAAGUGCAAAUGUCGGACACAAACGUUGAGGGUUUGAAGGAGGAAGAGGUGGCAGCUGAUUCUGAUUCUCUUCAAAAACAAAUGAAUGAGGACAAGUGUGUGCAACAAGAAGACGAUGAAAACCACACCAUGCCUUCGCCCCAUCAGGAGGAGGAAAUUAUCAAAAUAAGGUAUGGAGGAAUACUACCAAAGAAACCUCCAUUAAUUUCCAAGGAUCAUGAGCGUGCUUUCUUUGACUCUGCUGAUUGGGCAUUAGGAAAGCAAGGAGCACAGAAGCCUAAAGGACCUCUUGAAGCUCUACGCCCUAAACUGCAGCCCACGCCCCAGCAGCAGGUGCGCUCAAGGCGCUCAGCUUACGCUCCUGCAGGCGAAGAGGAAGGUACGAUGGUGGAUUUUACUUGCAGCUUUUCCUAUGCUUGUCAAAUAACAUUUUGUUAUUCUUGCUUACAUUUUACAGGAGAGAGAGGUGGUGCGGACAACAGUAUUUCUUCAGAAGAGGAUCAAAGCUGUGCAACAGAGUGCUGCCAAAAAAAUAACACUGCUUCUGAUGAAAACACUUCCCACUAAUGGCUGUCAUCAAACCAUUUCAUGAAUAAUUGAGUGCCGGCAAUGUUGCAACAAUCAACCAUCUGUGUGUCUACACUAAACAUACAGAGUUUGUGUAGCAUAAAUAUUGCUUUUACACUACACUGUUGCAUCUACAUCUUGAUAUUGGUUAAAAUUUUGUAUUCC